GGACCCUGCAGGUGCGCCGUGUUUUGUGUUCAGUAAUGUGCAGUGCGGAUCCUCCUCAUCCUCAGAGCGCGCGACCCUCCGCCUGACUCCUCACUCGCACUUCCUCUGCCUUUCUUCCUUCCGAAGCAGCAGCAGCCACAGCAUCACCGCCGCAGCCUCGUCCCGCCGCGAGCGCACGAGCCUCCUGAGCGUCUGAGCGCGAGCCACAGCCGCCGCCCCGCCGCCCCUGCUGCUGAUGGCCUCGUCCGCGAGCGGCACGGAGGAGGCGCGCGGCGCGGUGUCCUCGUCGGCGCCCACGCCCCUCAAACUGGUGGGCCUGGUGUGCGUGUUCCUGGCGCUCUGCCUGGACGUGGGCGCCGUGCUGAGCCCCGCGUGGGUCACCGCCGACCAGCAGUACUACCUGUCCCUGUGGGAGUCGUGCGCAAAGUCCGCCGGCGCGAGCGCGUGGCAGUGCAGCGGCACACUGAACACGGAUUGGCAGAUCGCCACGUUGGCGCUGUUACACGGAGGAGCCUUCCUCAUCCUCAUCUCCUUCAUGGUGGCCCUGGUCUCCGUGUGCACGUGCAGCAGGAGGCGUUUCUACAGACCCGUCGCUGUCAUGCUGUUCGCUGCAGUUGUCCUGCAGGCCUGCAGCUUGGUCCUGUUCCCCAUCAAGUUCAUCGAGACAGUCAGCUUGCGGAUAUACCACGAGUUUAACUGGGGUUACGGCUUGGCCUGGGGUGCCACCAUCUUCUCGUUUGGAGGAGCCAUCCUGUACUGCCUGAACCCCAAGAACUACGAUGACUACUACUGACCCUGCUGCACGACUCCGCCCCCUGCCCUUAACCCCUCCCACACCGACACCCCCUUCCCCACUCCUGCCGUUCCCUAUGGCUCACGCACCAAACAUUUAUUUGCUUCCCGAGAAACAAAAAUAAACAUGCAAACUGGGUGCAGAGCUCGUCCGAUUCCGGACUGAUGGAUCUCACGUCUCAUGCAACAACAACCUCCCCGAGAUCAUCAUCAUCAUCAUCAUCCGUUUAGCUUCUUUAAAAUUCCUUUAUUAAAUUGUUGCAUCUCUUCUCAUCUCUCCAUCGCAUCUCCGACGUUGCUGAUCCGUCUCUGAUCUUUAAGCGUCAGACUCCGGGGGAGAUCUCCGGAAGCAGCCAUGUGCCGAUCCCUGCAGAGAGCUCCAUCUGGAGCGGGGUUUAGGAUCGGACCUGCUGCAUGAGUGCACACACACUUACACACUUACUCACAGGGAGUGUUAUAGCAGGUUUCUGUAAUGAGAAAGCACAACAGAGAGCACAUGCUAACCUUCGUUCACACAAGCAAGCCACAAAUCGCUCAUGGGAUUUCUGUGAGAAAAGCUAAUUGCUAACUACUUAUAAGCUAACCGUUUUAGCUAAAUACACCAAGCAGAAGCACCAUCGAUCAGCUGAUUUCUCCAUCCAAGCUUUAUUUUCCUCUCUACACAUUUAACGAGAGGUGGUGUAAGUCCAGGACGAGACGGAAUCAUGGUUCUCACGUCUCAGUGUCGUGUAUUAAACUGACAGCCACAGGAUGCUUUGCGGCUUGCUAGCGUGAACGCAGGGUCACGGUCUGAGCAGACGGAGAUUCUAAUCCAUCGUAGUGUUUAGUACUUCCUGUACAGCAGGGUGCAAAAGUCUGAGUGCAAAAAUAACUUUACACACAAAAAAACCAAGAACCCACGCUGCUAACUAGUGAGUUUUACACUUCGAAAUAUAUUCAUUUGAGGAUCUCUUCAUACAAACGUAAGUUUCUGUAAUGUUAGCUAGCUAGUUCAUAGCAAUUGUUAGAUAGCUUGCUAGAUAAAUAUUAGCAUAUCUUUUAGGAAAAAAAAAAUAUAUAUGUGAUUUUCUCUAAAGUUUGCUAGCUAGAUUUUCUAGUGUUGGGGGAGACAGAUAGAUAUCUUUGUUUAAAGAUCUCUUCAAAAAAUCAGUUUCUUUAAUGAGAACUAGCCAGUUGCUAACAUUUGCUAUGUUUUAGAGUAUUUUCUAAAAAAAAGGGGGGGGGAUUUCUAAAGUUAACUAGCUAGUUUUGCUGUAAGGCAUUUCAUAAUGUUUGCUAACUAGCAAGCUAUCAUUGUAUUGGGAGAUCUUCUAGCAAAUUCGGAUGUUAGCUAGCCUGUUUGCUUUGUUUUCAAAUUUUUGCUGGAUCUUUAUCUUUUAACACAUGGGAUUUUACGCUAAUGUUCACUAGCUAGUUCUGCUGGAGCUUUACUAAUAUUUAGUAACUAGCUUGCUUUAUUUAUAUUCAGAUAUCUAGUAAAGUUAGCUAGCUGGAGACAGUUGCAACAUUUUGUUCGGAUGUAGCUAGCUAGCUUUGCAUUAGGAUAUCCCAUAUGGAACAUUUGUAAAAUUAUCUAGCUAAAUUUCUGUGGAGGUUUUUGUUUUUGGGGAAAUCUUUUAACAAAUAGCACAUUUGUUAGCUAGCUGUGUAACGGUUAACAUUUGGGAUUUUCUCUAGUUUGUGAACUAGAUUUGCUGUGAGGCGUUUUCCUAAAUCUUGUUCAGCAAUCUUUCUGUUAGAAUUACCUCAAAGAAUGUAAAUUAUUUCUAACAUUAGCUGGCAAGUUCGGUGUGGGACAUUUGCUACUUUUAGCUAGCUAGCUAUCUUUAUAUCAGCAGAUGGGAUGUUAUGUGAUGUUUUAUAGCUGUCAGGAUCAUCCUCUAGUUUCUUUCAUGUUAUCUAGUCCCCCCCCCAUUUUUUGUUUAUUUUAGCUAGCUAACUAUAUAUGGGCGUAUCCUCCGUCAGAGAGGAUUUACUCGAAUGUUAGCUAGCUAGUUUUGCUAUGAGACAAUUUAAAUGUUAGUUAGUUUAUAGAUUUGUACAUAGGAUUUUCUCUCAGGUUAGCUAGCAUGUUUGGCGGUGAGAUGCUAACUGCUAACGGCAGCUAGCUUUAUGAGGAGAUGUCCUCAAAUCUAUUCAUCAUUCAUUGUUUUUGUUUUUUUUAACAAGGAUUUAUAGCUUUGUUUUUUAGGUGUAACAUAUUAGCUAGUUGAAUGUUUAAAAACGUGUUUUAUCUUUUAAUUGCUGGGGAAUUUUUUUGUUGCCUCACUAGCAUUGUAUGGAAAGAUUGUCUCAUGAAAGUCUUUUGUUAGCUAGCUAGUUUGUCCGUGGGACGUUUGCUGAAGUUUGCCCAAGUGUACUAGCUUACACAGAUGUAGUCUUGCUAAUACCGUGGGAAUUUUUUUGUGCUACUUAGCUUUUUUGCACUCGGACGUUUGUCCUGGACUGUAGGAGGAAACUCAGAUGACUUAUGAAAGGGAAUUUUAUCCUGCGAGAAAAACCUGGAGGUCAACCCGAGCUCGAUAUAGAUUUGUUUUCAUGACACAUUACGGCAUAUUUUCACCAAACUGUAGCUAAUGUCAGGGGAAUAGAAUAUGAAUUAAUGGUUAGAGCAUGCUAAACGGAGCACCAUGGGUUAAUUAGCUUUUCUGGAAAUAACUGUGAGGUUUCUUUUAGUGCAUUCACUUUAUGAUAAGUGUGUGUUAUGGAACUAAUAGGGCUAGCGGUGGAUUUUAUUCUGUUGUUUUGUUUUCAUGUCGAUCCUACGUCUGAAGCUGAAAGGUUUUAGUGAAGACCAAAAUCUGGCUAAUGCUAAAAUCUGAUUUUAUUGUUUUGCUGUGCAGAUUAUGGCGUCGUUCAGUGUUUUUUAGACCGUCGCCGUCUGUCCUGAGAUUUCUGUCCACGGUUACAGCUUUUCUUUUCUUCCGAUUGCGAAAGUGCGUUCAAAUCCUUUACUAAAAGUGAAAUGAUUGUGGCAGGAUGGAAACUUUUUACCUCAGAAAACCUGCUUAACUUUUUGAUUACGGUUCCAAAAUGUUUUUUUGACAUUUUAAAUUUGGUUAAUUAAAUAUUUGAAUAUGAAACAUUUAAAUUUUAAAUUUUUUAAAAAACAUUAAUGCAGUAAAAAGAAAAUAUUAAUUCAUAAUAUUAAUUAUCUGCUGGUUAAUCACCAAUCACUAACCACUACUCACUAACCACUAAUCACUACUUAACUCAAAGGUCACGCCAUAAAAAACAAUCAUUUUUAAAAUGAGAAAGUUUAUAAACAGUAAAGAAACAUUAGCUAUGACGCCGUUAUUGCCAUGUCGCUCGGCUGGCGUGAGUAGGUAAAAUAAAUUACCUCAGAAUUUAUUUAUUUUCCUACAGACUAUCACUGGACCCUUCUCGGGUGGAACUGCAAUCAUAUUUGCGCAAUUAAAAUUUGGAUUUCCUCUUCAAUAUGGGGUUUUUGAAAUCUGAGCUGAUUUAUGUCAACGUAAUUCCCUUCAAUUAAAAAACAAAAAAACAAAAACAAAAACAAAAAGUUGAUUGGCUGAAACGGCGCCAGGUCUUUGGAAGCGUUGGAUUUUCAUUUUGUAAAUGGAAAUUUUUCAGGUUUUCUUUAUUCUUCUGAAAUUCAAUUUGCUUGCUGCAAUUCACUGAUAAUUUGUUGAAAUUCGCUGAAAGCUAGCUGUAAA